AUGUCCCAGUUUACAGCAGGCAGCGUGCGGGUGAGCUGGAGUGUGCUGCUGGUGCUUGGCUACUUGCUGUACCUGCUGUUGGGCGCCACCAUUUUCCAAGUGCUAGAGAAGCAAGCAGAGAGCCAGACACGAGACCGCUUCCAGCUUGAGAAGCUCAAUUUCCUGAAGAACUACACCUGUUUGGAUGGACCAGCCCUGGAGAAGUUUGUGGAGGUUAUCCUGGAUGCCUGGGAGAAGGGAGUGAACCCGUCUGGGAAUUCGACAAACCCCAGUAACUGGGACUUCAGCAGCUCAUUUUUCUUCGCUGGCACUGUCAUCACAACUAUAGGCUAUGGGAACCUGUCCCCCAGCACAGUGAGUGGGCAGGUAUUCUGUGUGUUCUACGCUCUCUUCGGGAUCCCCUUGAACCUGGCCUUCCUUAACCAGCUGGGCAAGGGGCUGGCAGCACACCUGGGCCAGCUAGAGAGGAGUGUGUUGACCCCAGGGCAGCACGGGCAGACACUGAAGAUGCUGACCGUGUCCUUCUUCCUGAUAUUGGGGACCCUGCUGUUCCUGGUCUUUCCCCCGGUCGUAUUCAGCUAUGUGGAGGGCUGGACAUACGGAGAGGGAUUCUACUAUGCCUUCAUCACACUCAGCACCAUUGGCUUCGGGGAUUACGUUGUAGGAACAGACCCAGAGAAGCACUACAUCUCAGUGUACCGCAGCCUGGCUGGGGUGUGGAUCAUCUUUGGGCUGGCCUGGCUGGCAGUGCUGUGUAACCUGGGGGCCGGUCUGAUGGAUAGACUUUUGCAACUGAAACAAAGCUGGAGAGAUUCCUGUAGAGCUGGCCCACAGGAAGGAAGCAAGGAGGAUGAUGUCCUGGACCAGAGAGCCAUUCAGAACCCAAUCUGA